UUAGUUGAUCUUGGUGAUCCCCUGCGACAGUCACGCGGUAGUCCAAACUGUUCUCAAGCUAUUUUUUAAACUCGAGAAAAUCCGAUAAUUCAAGGGGAAGGAACCACUGAAGAUAAUCAAUUAUAAAGAGGAAUUUGUUCGUGAUUAUUCAGUGAUUGUCUUCAGAAAUAUGUCAAAAGUGCUAUUAAGAGUAAUUCAUUCACAGAUCUAACAACGUAAUUAUGUUUUUGUCGAGCCUUCGGAAUAUUCGAUAUUAAAGAACCCUUCGAUUGGAAUACAUCAACAAUAUCAUGAUGAACAAAAGCGGUAAUUUUUGGAAGUGCAUUUUGUUCCUUUGUCUAGCCGUGAUUUCACACACUUCAGGAGUUGUCAUAAGGCGACUGAACGAGGACUCUGGAACCAAGACCAAAGAGGCCUUCAAGAGUGCUGCCUUGCAAACGAUUUCCGCGACUCCCAUUGAUGGAACGAGCAAGGUGAACUAUUCCAGAUUAGUCUGGACCGCGGAAGAUGAGAAAUGGUCGAGCCAGUUCCACCGACCAUCAAAUGCCAAAAAAUUCGGGUCAAUAUUUAAUAAUAUGAACUGUUUCGGCUGUAAUGCUGCUAUAUAUUUUGUACAAAACAUGAUUCGUGGCUUGAGUCCCAUCAGUGAUAAGUUUGCUAGGGAUGUUAUGAAGGAUUCAAUUUACGACGGAUGCAAGGCACGUCUCCCUGUGGAGGUUUGUCAAGGCAUCGUCGAGGAAUUUGUGCCUCAGGUAUACUACAUCCUCAAGAACACAAAAAUGGGAGCUGACAGCACCUGCAGUUUUGUGAUGAGUGGUGAAUGCGAAUAUGUGCCCGACUCCUUGCUCGAGUGGCAAGUGACCUUUCCACCUAUUCCAAAGCCUCCGGUGACUGUUCCAAGUCCGCCGAGAGUGGGAGCCAAAAGACUGAAAGUCCUGCAGCUCUCGGACAUUCAUUACGAUCCGUAUUAUCAGGAAGGAUCGAAUGCCAAAUGCGGCAAUCCCCUCUGCUGUCGUUCGAUCAAUGGAAAACCAGCGACUCCUGAAGACGCCGCGGGAAAAUGGGGCGAUUACCGGGGAUGUGACACCCCCAAAAGAACAAUUGAUCACAUGCUCAAGCACAUACAGAUUAUUCACUCCGAUAUUGAUUAUAUUCUCUGGACAGGUGAUCUCCCCCCUCACGACAUUUGGAAUCAGACCCGCGAAGGGAACCUCCAAAUCCUCCGAAAUAUAAUGGAAGAUAUGAAAAAAUCCUUUCCAAACGUGACGAUUUUCCCGGCCCUCGGUAAUCACGAGUCUGCCCCAGUGAACAGUUUUCCCACGAAAUUGGCUCCAUCGGAUUUCAGUGUCUCCUGGCUGUACGAUGAACUGGAUAAUCAGUGGCGACGAUGGCUACCAACAGAUGCCUCCAAUACCGUCAAGCGCGGUGCUUUCUACUCGGUGCUCGUCAGACCUGGUUUCCGAAUAAUUUCGGUCAACACGAAUUACUGCAAUGAUAAGAACUUUUGGCUGUUGAUGAAUAGUACAGAUCCGGCUAAUGAACUCCAGUGGCUGAUUGAUGAGCUUCAAGGGGCGGAGAACAGAAGCGAGAAGGUGCACAUCAUUGGACACAUGCCACCAGGCACCUCUGAGUGUCUCAAAAUCUGGUCUGCCAAUUAUUACAGGAUCAUCAACAGAUACGAGUCAACAAUAACUGCACAAUUCUUCGGCCACACCCACUACGACGAAUUUGAAUUGUUCUACGACACUGAUGAUCUCACUCGUCCAGUCAGUGUAGCAUACGUAGGGCCGUCAGUGACGCCAUAUGACAAUCUCAAUCCUGGAUACAGGAUUUAUUACGUCGACGAUGAUCAAGGGUCGUCGACGAGGCAGGUCGUUGAUCAUGAGACCUGGAUCAUGAAUCUGCAGAAGGCCAAUGCCAGGGGAUUCCCAACUUGGAAGAAAUUGUAUAGCGCACAGGGGGCGUUCGGUAUGCCAUCACUCCUGCCCAGGGAUUGGGACGAGCUACUUGGGGAAAUGAUGAACAAUACGAAAGUCUUCAAUCGUUACUACAAGUAUUAUUAUAAGGAUUCGCCUACUCGUCCACCUUGUGACGAAACCUGUCGAAAGCAGCUGCUGUGUGACAUACGAAGUGGCCGCAGUCGUGACAGAUCAGUCCUGUGUCAGAAGAUAGACAACAGUUUGUUUGCGAAGGAGCCUUAUGCAAAGUUUGAUAUCGAUGUGAUAGAGUCGAAUGACAUCGACUCUUAUGCGUAGUUAUUGAAAAUCAUCUAUUUUAUCAUUCGUUGUUGUAAAUCUGGAUUUAAUGAUUCUGAGAGAACUCCAAAGACCAUGAUUGCUGCUACUGUAGUCGAUUCUCUCAUAAGUGAGAGCAUGACUGAUGAGUGUGUUCGUCGUCUCUCAAAUUGUCGACGAAGGAUGGCAGCUGUGAAUAUAAAAUUUCAAUAGCGAAACAGUAAAACGAUUUAAGUAGACGCAGCCCUUAGCUAAGUUCUCGAGGAAUAUCUUCGAAUCUAAGGAAGAUAACGAAAUUUUCGUCACUACCUUUUUUGUAGAGUGAAUUAAGCGCUACAAAAAAGGUCAUUACAGAAAUUUUGCUAUCUCCUUUAGAUUCCGAGAUAUUCAUUGAAAAGCGGACCAUACUCCAAAUCAACUUAAACUGUUGUAACACUUUGCUACUGAUUUAAUUGUUGAGAUUUUUAUUAUUACCAUUAUAUGUAUUUUUGUACGUGUUUCAAGAUGAUCUCUCAAUAAUGUGGAUUGUUAGAUAAAUAAUUGAAUGAGAAUAUCAUUUUUUAAUUGUAAUAGUGCCAUUAGAGAAAUUCGAUAAAGUUUAUUAAAAAAUAUCCCAAAUAUCAGUCAA